UCAAAACAUCAUUUCAAACGAACUGGAAACGAAGAAAAUCAAAGGCUUUUAUCGAUGGUUGGUUUUUAAUCGAAACUCUAAUCGAGGCUAGUAAGAUGCUUCUUCGCGUAGGUUUUGUUCUACUGGUUUUAUUAUCCUUGGCCAAUUGUCGAUCUACCAAAAAAUUUUAUAAAAGACAAGCUGAAACCUGUGGAGGAGGAUGUUCUUCAGAAUGUGCCCCAGCUUGUACUCUUACUUGUUGCACUCAAGCUCCACCACCUCCGCCUCCACCCCCACCGCCGCCUCCAUCCCCUGGACCACCUGGUCCUGAUGGACCAAUUGGACCUCCCGGACAGCAAGGACCACAAGGCCCAAAAGGACCUGCAGGAUUACCUGGUAAUCCUGGGAUUCCUGGGCCGCCAGGGCCGCCUGGUAACCCAGCCGGAACCAUUGGACCAACCGGUCCCCCGGGCCCUCUUGGAGCUACAGGUCCAGCUGGUCCAACAGGGGACAGCGGACCACCAGGUCCACCCGGACCUCCUGGAGUUCAAAUGCCACCAGGCCCUCCGGGACCCCCAGGACCCCCAGGUCCUAAUGGACCCCCAGGACCUAAUGGACCACUUGGACCACCUGGUGAAGCCGGACAACAAGGUAGUCCAGGUGGGGGAGGAAUUGGAGGAUGUAAGGGCAACCCAGCUGGAUGUCAAGGACCAAACGGACCAAAUGGACCAARCGGACCAAUGGGAUCACCUGGUCCAAACGGAGACAUGGGACCACCAGGUCCUCCAGGACCCCCUGGACCUCAACUGCCUCCCGGUCCACCGGGACCAGCUGGUCCACGUGGACCUUCAGGACCUCCAGGGCCAAAUGGACCACUGGGACCGCCAGGAGAUGUUGGCCCAGCCGGACCAAGUGGAGGACCAGGUCUACCAGGAAGUACAGGGAAUCCAGCAGGACCUCAAGGUCCUUUAGGNCCACCUGGACCAAACGGAAAUAAAGGACCAGCUGGUCCAACAGGAGACAUGGGACCACCAGGUCCUCCGGGACCCCCUGGACCUCAAAUGCCACCAGGCCCACCGGGACCAGCUGGUCCACGUGGACCUUCAGGACCUCCAGGAUCAAAUGGACCACUUGGACCGCCAGGAGAUGUUGGUCCAGGUGGACCAAGUGGAGGACCUGGUCUACCAGGAAGUAAAGGAAAUCCAGCUGGACCCCAAGGUCCUUUAGGGCCACCUGGACCAAACGGAAAUAAUGGACCACCUGGUCCAACAGGAGACAUGGGACCACCAGGUCCUCCCGGACCCCCUGGACCUUCAUUGCCACCAGGUCCACCGGGACCAGCUGGUCCACGUGGACCUUCAGGACCUCCAGGAUCAAAUGGACCACUUGGGCCGCCAGGAGAUGUUGGUCCAGGUGGACCAAGUGGAGGACCAGGUAUUCCAGGAAGUAAAGGAAAUCCCGCAGGACCUCAGGGCCCCUUGGGACCCCCAGGACCGAAUGGACCAAAAGGACACCCAGGACCAGUAGGAGAUAUGGGACCACCAGGUCCUCCGGGACCCCCUGGACCUCAAAUGCCACCAGGUCCGCCUGGACCAGCUGGUCCACUCGGACCAUCAGGACCCCCAGGACCAAACGGACUGCUUGGACCACCAGGUGAAGCUGGACCACAUGGCGUACCAGGAGGGCCAGGAAUACCAGGAUGUAAAGGUAAUCCAGCUGGAUGUCAAGGACCAAAUGGGCCAACAGGACCAAACGGACCAACAGGACAACCAGGACCAGUAGGAGAUAUGGGACCUCCCGGUCCACCUGGACCACCGGGACCGGCAAUGCCGCCAGGCCCUCCAGGUCCACCAGGUCCAACAGGACCUAAUGGACCCCCAGGACCUAAUGGACCACUUGGACCACCUGGUGAAGCCGGACCACAUGGUGGACCAGGAGGUGCAGGAAUUGGAGGAUGUAAGGGCAACCCAGCUGGAUGUCAAGGACCAAUCGGACCAACUGGACCGAAUGGACAAAUGGGAGCAGUUGGUCCUACAGGAGAUAUUGGCCCACCCGGUCCUCCUGGACCACCUGGACCUCAAAUGCCUCCAGGCCCACCUGGAUCGCCAGGUCCAACAGGACCUUCAGGACCCCCCGGACCAAAUGGGCUAAUUGGACAGACAGGAGAAGCUGGUCCAUCCGGACCCCCUGGUAGCGCAGGAGAAUGUCCUCAUAUUUGUGAGACAGCUUGCUUGUCAACUUGUCCAGCGACCUGUUGCAAAAAGUUCAAGAUUCAUAAGAAGUCCAAGAUUAGUGGCAAGAGAGAAAACAAGAAGAAGGCUAAAAUAGCACGACUAAGGUUUAUUCACAAAUUUAAAGUGACGAUGAAAUUUCAAAUAGUUAUUUGUAUAUUCCUUGCCUUGGCAGUUCUUGCCUCUGCCAAGUCUCUCAAAUCAAAGGCCAAGUCAGGGUCAAAGAGACAAUGCUGUCCACCUCCAUGUUGCCCACCACCACCACCACCAUGCUGUUCCUCACCACAGCCCGCUCAACCAGGACCCCCAGGACCAUCCGGAUGCACUGGACCCCCAGGAUCACCAGGAUGUCCAGGACCUAAGGGAUGUACUGGACCAUGUGGACCACCAGGGUUACCAGGCCCACCAGGACCCCCAGCACGCCCAGGACCCCCAGGACCACCUGGUUGCAUGGGACCCCCAGGAGUACCAGGAUGUCCUGGACUUAAAGGAUGCCCAGGACCAUGCGGACCCCCAGGACCUCCAGGACCACCAGGACCACCAGGAGCCCCUGCUCCCCCACCACCACCACCAUGCUGUCCUCCUCCUGCUGCUCCAUGCCCUGCACCUUGCCCUGCACCCUGCCCACCAUGCUUAUUGAGUCAGUGCAAAGACAAAAUGGAUCUCAAAGUAGGAGUAUUGGUUCUGGCAGCUGUAAUAUGCGUUGUCCACUCAAAGUCUUUGUCUGAGAGUAAAAGACAAUGUUGUCCUCCACCACCACCACCUCCAGUAUACCCACCGCCACCUCCCCCACGUCCAGCUUUACCCGGACCUCCUGGACCAGCUGGAUGCCAUGGACCCAUUGGUGCCCCAGGAUGCCCAGGACCUAAGGGCUGCACUGGACCAUGUGGACGCCCCGGACCCCCAGGCCCACCAGGACCCCCAGCAAUUCCCGGCCCACCAGGACCUCCUGGACCACCUGGAUUAAUCGGAAAGCAAGGAUGUCCAGGACUUAAGGGAUGUCCAGGACUAACAGGACCCCCUGGACCACCAGGACCACCAGGACCUCCAGGASCUCCCGCUCCUCCUCCACCUCCACCUCAUCCUUGCUGUGGCAAAUUUGUCCUACAUACUGAAAAGAUGGAUUUAAAAGUCAUACUCAUUGUGGUCGUAGCUGUGAUCUGCACAGCCAACGCCAAGACACUGGAAUCAAUUUUUAAAAGGAGUCCCGAUCCAAUGCCUUGUGGUCCAUCUUGCCCUGCCAAAUGUUAUCCCCGUUGCUUAUUCAGCUGUUGCACCGUACCUGCUACACCUCCACCACCAGUUCCAGGCACCCACCCACCCUUCGCACCACCCCCACCACCUAUGGUCUUCCCAGGACCACCAGGAUACAAAGGCCUUCCUGGUCUUCCAGGAUGCAUAGGAACAAAAGGAUGUGAUGUAACAUUCAUGAGUCACUUGAUUUACAAGCAACGUUGGGAUUGUGUCAAGUUCGCCAUGGAAUUUAGGUUGGCCAUUCUUUUCACUAUUGGCCUGACCUGGGCGGUCAAUGCCAAAGUCGUUGACAAGCGGGAAGCCAAUCCGUGUGGUAAUGGAUGCGCCCCAAGUUGCGCACCAUUAUGCUCAAUCAGUUGUUGUGGAACAGGCCCACCAGGAUCCAACCCCCCACUGAACCCUGCCGGUCCAGCACCACCACCACCAGCAUCACCACCAAUUUACGGGCCAGCCGGAUUUCCUGGUGCACAAGGACCAGUUGGAGGACAAGGAGCUCAAGGUCCUCCUGGAAACCCCGGUGUUCCCGGACCUCCAGGACCACCCGGGCCUCCAGGACCCCCUGCCCCACCAGGACCUGCACCUCCAGCGUGUGCUCCACCAUACUGUCCUGGCAGAAGAUAGACAUUUUACAUCGAUUCACUAGGUUUUUGGUAGUAAAGGUGUUGUACUGUAAGAGAUGUUUUAAUCUUGAUGACAACAGAAGACGUGUUGUUGUGUAUUUAAUUGCGCUUUAAUUUUGCUCUUUAAGUUUUAGUUAUUCUCAGUUUAGUGUAAUUUAGCUAUUUAUUAUACAUUUUUUGUUAUUAUGCAUGUAUUUCUUGCAAAAACUAUUGUUACUUCUUGAUAUCAUAUCAUAAAAUAUAAAAUAAAGUUAAUAAAAAAG